AUGCGGCCGAUGGAGGGAUCGGCGAGCUCGCAGGGUUCGAGCUCCAACUCCGCGAGAAAAGAGGCCCUAGGCAAGACGGCGGGGGCGCCGCAGACCUCGCAUGCGGAGGCAGCGGUUGGGUUGGAGAAGGGAAAGGCACGGCACGACCAUCGCGAGACCUCGGAAAGAGUAGAAGACGAAAAUGAAAAUGAAGGAGAAGAGGUGACGGGGACGGGAGAGAGGCAGACUUGGCAGGAGAAGCAUAAGCGCGACCCUCCUCUGAGCUCAGCUGAGGCAUGCCUGGGGUGGUCUGUGCUGGAAUCGAAGGUGCAGGAAUCGGCUGCUGAUACUGAGACUGAGGCUGCUGUUGGAACGCUGAGUAGGGCUAAGGUGGAUGAAAAACCUGCUUCGCUGGUUCCUGACCCUGCACAUGAUAUAUCUGUCCCUGAGAAGGCUGAGGUCUCUGCUGAUGUGGAGCACCCUGAUUCGUUUGAGAUCCUCUCUGCUGCCAUGGCUGGGUGGGUCGAUCUCCCUGACAGGUACUCAAAGGUGCUCUCUACAUUCUUCAACCAACUUCGAGCAGCCCAAGGAUCUGCUCCGCCCAAAUAUAAGGUAAAUCUGUCCUUGACGGACCUCGCCAGCAACGGUAUCCGAGCUCUGUCCCUCAUCCAAUCAGUAGUAGCAGGAGUAGGAAAUGCUGAUGGUAUCCCGGAGGGAAUCCCCGAGGCUGAAAUUCUCGAUUCCUACCAGAUGAAGAAUCCGCCUCCUGAGUCACUGGUUCUGGUUCCUCGGCCUCAAUGGGUUGUUUCCGUGGUCGUCCCGGACCACGACGAUAACCGGCUCCCGCUCGACCACGCCUCACACCUGAUCCAAUUACUUGGAGGUGUUCCGCCGCCGCCUGGUCCCAAAUCCCGAAAAGCCACUUCGAGGAAUGAAAUCACGAAAAAUCCAAAACGACACAAAGAUUCCAAAUCCGGAGAGCUGAGAAGCGGCAUCUCGGCGCCGCGAGAUCUCAGAGCGUCGCGCUACACGGCGACGAGUCGCCGCGAAUCUUGGCUCGAUUGGUCGGACCGGACCGGUUCGUCUAUAAAUCAAUCGCCCUCUUUCUCGUCUUCUCCAUCGUUACAUCCCAUCGAGACGGAGACGGAGACGGAGACGGAGACGGAGGCGGCGAUGAUGGGUUCGGCAGUGGUGGAGAUGGGAUCGGAGUUAGAGCUGUGUGCUAUGCGGGCCGUCGCCGUCGGGUUCGUGAAGAAGGUGGUGACGGAGAGCAGGGAGAGAGGGCGGCAGGUGUGGCGGCUGGAGGAGUCCAUCAAGAGUUUGGAGGAGGAGAAGCGCAAGAUCGAAGCUUUCAAGCGCGAGCUCCCUCUCUGCAUGCGCCUCGUCUGCGAGGUGAUCGAGGAGUUGAAGAGGGAGAUCGAUCGGUGCCGCGCCGAGGGUUUCGGCCGUGUGUUCCAGGAAUUCAUGCCGAUUAAGGGUAAAAUCCACGAGAGUAGCUCGGAUUUCAGAGAUAAGAAGAACUGGACGAGCUCGUUCCAACUCUGGAUCUGCGAGGAAAGUAAAGAUGACCAGAAACAUGAUAAGAUGAACUUUAAAGAGAAAUCAGUAUUCGAUUCUCGGAACGGCGGAGACACGUCCCUGCCGGUAUUGGAACUAUACAGCUCCAAGGAGGACGAUGAGUCUGCCGCUGUGUUGUCUGACCUCUCUCUGUGCUCUACUACGAUCACUCAUGGUUAUGUGACUCCGGCCAUCAAGAACCAUCCAGUUAGUUGCCAUAAGUACUGUACUAAAGAAUCCCUGGAAGCAUCUCCGGCGGCAGCACCUGGCACACACUAUGGCUUGCAUCUGCAACAGAAGCAGCCUAGGAAGAUGAGGAGGUGCUGGUCUCAGGAGCUGCAUCGGCGGUUUGUGCUCGCGACCGAGGAGCUCGGUGGUGCACAUGUGGCUACUCCUAAGCAGAUUCGAGAAAUGAUGCUAGUUGAUGAACUCACAAAUGAUGAAGUAAAGAGCCAUUUGCAGAAAUACAGAUUGCACACUCAAAAAACAAGCAGAGCAAUUGAUGGAGGCUUACGGGUUCCCGAAGAACAAUACACUAAUUCAUCGCAUCAUAGUGUCUCGCAAUCUAUUUCUCCGAUGAGUCCACUGCAUUCAGGCCUGCAUGGAGACAGCUCUGAAGAUGGAAAAUCUGAGAGCUAUAGCUGCAAAUGAAGGAAACUUAAAAUUAAUCCUGUAUUCAAAGAGCUAAUCGCGACUUACAAUAAUUCCGGUUGAUACCGCAGCAAAUGGAGAAGAUCAAUGUACAUUCAUUUGCUUGGAUUUUGUUUCUUGAGACAAUAUGAGGGGGGGUUGUGAUGGCACUAUUUUGUUUCUUGUGUGAGUGCAAGAAGAAAUCAUCAUAUCAGCUGCUGAGUCAUUUGGUUCUUUGUGCAAGUUUCUUUUGGUUUUCUUAAAUUUCAAUAAAUUCCCCAACAAACUCGCUGCUUUGUGUGUGGAUGGUCCACAAGAAGGAACCAGUUGGAAGAGAUCGAUCAAAUU